UUAUCGUUCCGUUCACCUUCGAAAUGGACUAAUUCGACAAUUUGCGGUUCAAUCAUUUGAAAGCAGAUUUAUCUUUUUACUUGGAAAUGCUGAUUGUUGCUGUUUUUUGUUUGUUUGCACUGUCAGUAUCUGCUGAAACGGACCCAAAUGCCCCAAGUGAAUGCCUUUCAAAAUGUCUUACUCCUCUAGCCAAACUGCAAAGAAGUUUCUCCUAUGUGUUUAACAACUUUGAAAAAGUUUGCGACUUGCUCGAAGACGGAGCAUUUUGUGCAAGAAAGUGCACUCAAGAGGACCAAACGAAGUUCUACCAGUACACUACUUUUUAUCGAAUUCAUUGCAUUGACUAUGAAGAAGAUAUUCAAGAGCAUUUGACAUGCAUUGCAAAAGCCGCUGAAGAUGCUGAUUUGGUGUGUAAAGACAAAUGUAAGCAAGCCCAUAAAGUGGAGAAAACUGCAAGCAAGGAAACAAAAAUGAAGAAAGAAUGUUUGACAUUGGAAUGUUCGACACUAUGCUAUUUUGAUGAACUUGCUGAAAGCUGUCCAGAAGCUAGAAAUGUUCUUUUGAAAAUCAAUGUUGGACAAGUUCAUUCAAUGGCUUCUGCAGUUCAUCCAAUUACAAUGGAAAAGAUGCUUCCAGAAUGCCAGAACAUUCACAACACAGAAUAUAUGCGUUCGAAACUACUUGCCUCGAGCAGUUCACUUCUUAUGGAUCAUACUCCGUCGGAAAUGGAGACAGAACAACAACCUGUUAUCACUGCUUGAAAACUUUUAUUUGAAAAGUAUAAAUAUUUACGGGCCUUUUUUAAUUCUAGAACAGAUAAAUUUAAAUUUUCUAAUAAAGUUUCUACAGUACUUGACAUUGACAUUGACAUGACAUAUUCAAUGUUCACUUUUUCAAAUAUGUGUUU